CGGCUCAGUCGUGUUUCGGUGUUCGAGGCAAGCAGACGCGUUUGGGCAGUAGCUUCGCGCAUCAUAUCGCAUUGCAAUAUUUUUGUAAAUUUUAAUAGCAUUUGAAUGACGAAUUUAAUGAGCUGAAAAAAACGCCAAUCACUUUCACACAUUGCAUAGAUGAAAAUUGAAACAGUCGACAACAAAGACGAGCAGCGGCUGUCGGCGCCGACGUCGACCGAGGCAGCGACAGAGACAGCGGCAGCGACUGUGGGCGCAUUGAUUACAUUUUCAUAAUCAACGAAAUACAAGAGAAGCAACAAAAAAAAAAAGAAACUAACAAAAAAGUAAAAAAAAAAAAAAAUACGAAAAAAGUUGCAGUUGGUUUCAAUGAAAAUCGCAUAAUGGAGACAACACCUGAAUCGUGUGGCACAGCACGCGAUUCUGUGGAGGCGUUGGAACUGGAGGCGGAUACGGCGGAGACAGAGGUAGAGGCAGAGGCAGAGGCAGAGGCAGCGGUAGCUGGAGCAACAGCAGAGGCAACUGAGGCAGCACCAGCGACUGCGAUUGCAGCCAACAACAUGUCCGAGGUGGAGCCCGCAGCUCUGGAUGCUGUGGAUGGGGACAACGACCAACAAAAGCAAAACAACGACUCGCUGCAGCCGCACUCAAUGGAGCCCAUCUCCAUGGACGAUAUACCGGAGCCCAUCAAAGUGCUGGAUGAUAUCAUAUCGGAGUUCGAGGAGGCAACCACCAAGCCGGCGGCGCUGCAUUGCAACAGCGGCGAGAAUCAAUCGGAAGACGAUGGCUAUAUGAGUCUCAGUCGCAAAAAGUGAGU